CGCAGAGGGCGUAAAAAACACUCUGAUUUUUUUGCAAGUCGGUGUUUCAUAACCUGAAACGCAAAGCUGCAUUUAACGUCAUGUCUAUCCUGUCUUUAAUCAAUGGAUACCUCACUAUGCUAUCGUCGAUAACUAAUUGAUUGAACAUCAUUUUAACAGCAAAACAAAAUACACAACUGUCAGCAAAAUUAUGACAAUUCAUAAUUUAUAUAUAUUUUCCAAAAAUGGAACAUUACUGUAUUAUGCAGAAUGGAAUAGGUUGAAUAAAUCUGGAAUCACAAAAGGAGAGGAAGCAAAAUUAAUGUAUGGAAUGUUAUUUUCUAUAAAAUCAUUUGUAAGUAAAAUAUCGCCAUUGGAUCCAAAAGAAGGAUUUUUAUAUUAUAAAACUAGUAAAUAUACAUUGCAUUAUUUGGAAACUCCGUCUGGAUUAAAAUUUGUGUUAAAUACUGAUAAUGUUACACAAAAUGCCAGAGAAUUAUUACAACAACUAUAUAGAGAGGUCUAUUUAGAAUAUGUUGUGAAAAAUCCUCUAUGUCAAUUAAAUGAACCUAUUCAAAGUGAACUGUUUAAACUAAAAGUUGAUGAAUUAUUUAAAAAAUCUCCUUUAUUCUUAAGUAGAUCGAUAUAGAAUUUUUUAUAUUAUAUUAAUAAGUAUAAUAUACUUGAAUAUAAAAAUGUUUAGUGAUGUUAUACAAAUUUAAUUUCAUAUUACACGCAAUUAUUUGUUAUCAACAACUAGUAUUAAUAUACAUUAAUGGAAGUGCAAAAAACUAAACAAAAAUAUCAUAUACCACAAAAAUAUUCUUAUAAUUUAAAUGAAUAUACAACUUACAUUACAUUUUGUUAUAUUUACGAAUUUACAUUUAUCAUAACAGAAACAACUAUUUAAACAAUAUAUUUUUGUAAUACACAGAACUGUGAUCUUCAUACAAAAUGUACAGCAAUUAACAGAAUUUGAAGAAAUUAAUACUUGUAAAAGCAUCAGUUACUUUUGUAGAUUCCUUUAAAUUAUUUGUAUUAACAUAUUAAUGCAUUAAAAUUGCACCGUCUUUUUUUGUAUCAACGAAAUGUACUUUUUAAUUUGUAUAUUUAAAUUAUUAUUUAAAAUACGUAAAAAUAUUGGUAAAAAUGCAUACUUUUAAAAAUGUUCCUACAUUAAACUUGCCUUUUUAUAUAUGUAUAUAUUUCGUACCACAUACCAGUACUCUAGAACAUACUUGCAGGAAUAUGCCUUAUUUAACUAAAACAUUUAUUAUUAUUAAUAUAUGAAGAUUAUAUGGCAGCUUAUGUCAUAUUUCACAAUUCGGUUUUUUUAGGUCCAUGUAUCCAUCUUUUUUUACAUAUGUAAUGUCUUUCAUACAAUUCUCGUCCGGACGUAUGACAUUAGCUUAUCCAAAUAUUAGCGAAGUUAUUAGUUACACACAAAAAACGUAUAUACUGGGACAAUAAUUUUACACAAUUAUAUACACAUAUUUAAGUUCUGCAGAACUUAGAAUAAAAAAUAUACGAAAGGUAAAAUUGUUAAAAAAUGAUUACAAUGUUCCUUACACUGAUCGUUAGUGAUUUAUGUUUAACAUUACAUAAAUGUAAAUAUCUAUAUCGGCAAGAAACCAAAUCGAAGCUUUUGACAUGCCUAAUAAAGCACCUGAUAUUAACACAUAUAAUUCACCAAGAUUAAUAAUAAAUAAAUAUAAACUGAAGGUAAUAAACUACCAUACCUCUUUUUAUAUUAAUGUUCAUUUUUUUCUCUAAAAUUGCUGAAUGACAUUCACUGUCAAGGCAUAUUCAUUGCCUUUAAUUGUAUACAUUACAUUAUGUGUAUUUUCAUACAUCGAAGGACAUUUAGAAAAUGUUCGUGUACAAAGGUUCUUAUGAUACUUAUACAUCUGAAAAUAUGAUUGACAAAUGAAAAAGUGUUUCAUGCAUGGAAAAUAAUAACUGUUGCUUGACAUAAAAUACAACUAAAAGGCAUAAUAUUAAUUUUUCCAUAAUGUUUUAUACAGUUAUCCUAUUUUAUAUCAGGUGAAAAUUUUAUUUCUUUUGAGGAAUUCCGUCAUAGAAAAAUUUUAACGAAUUUGAUACGUUUUAUAUGUGAGCGCUGUUUCGUGUACGAGAAUGUAAUUUUUUCGCAUAUAACAAUA